GUCAGACUUAAAUGUCAAUUUCAAAUCGUAACAUUAUUUUCCGACAACUCUUUAUCUAGGUUUUCCUCUAUUAAAAGUUAAUUAUAAAUAACCUAUACUUUGGAUUUCCCCCUCACGACAACAAUAGAAAAGGGAAAAAAUCCUGACACGCAUUUUCGUCGAUCCAGAACCGGAAAACUCCUCCUGCCCUUCCACAAUAAAAUCGAUUAGACAAGAGCUUCAAGCGUGCGGCUGCGUCAUACUAUCCUGCUAUAGCCUGCUGGUCAGUUUGUCGCCCUUAAAAACCACCAAAAGAGUUGUAUUUCGCUUUAAGGUGGCCGUAAAUUCGUGCCAUGAUGGCUGAAGAUUUGAAGCAAGUCGCUAACGAGAUCGUCGAUAAAGUGCUCGACGGUGUAGAUGCGUCGGAAAAAGAUAAUAAUUAUUCUACACCCGCAGCUCCAGCUAUAGAGCCCACCGUUUCUGUUAGUAAUUCUACUAUUAAUUCUACUACGUCGGAGGCGGAUGUUACUGUUGAACGUAAGAAAUCGGUUUUGUGCGUUAUGAUUUGUCCAAAUAGCUGGUUUAACAGACAAAAAUUAAAUCCAAUGGUGGAGACCUUCAUUUACUGGGAAGACCCGAGAAAGUCCGCAGCAGUAUUCGGCGGAGUACUAUUCAUCCUGCUUGCACUUACCUACGUCUCGGUAAUCAGCGUGAUUGCUUACUUAUCCUUAUUACUUCUAACCGGCACCGUCGCUUUCAAAAUCUACAAAAACAUCGUGCAGGCGAUCCAGAAAACUGGAGACGGACAUCCUUUCAAACAAUAUUUGGACUUGGACAUUUCCGUGUCCCAAGACAAAGCUCAGGCAAUAUCUCAAGUGGUCGUAGCUCAUCUGAACGCCGCCAUCAUUGAACUCAGAAGAUUGUUGCUGGUCGAGGACUUAGUGGACUCUAUCAAGUUCGGCGUACUUUUGUGGGUACUCACUUAUUUGGGCGCUUGGUUCAACGGAAUGACCGUUGUCAUUAUGAUGUGGGUGACUCUAUUUACUCUUCCCAAGGUCUACGAAGCAAAUCAAACUCAAAUUGAUGCCAAUUUGGAAAUUGUGCAAAAGAAAAUUGCUGAAUUUGCUGCCAAGAUUAAGUCAGCAAUACCAGUUGGUAAGAAAGGAGAGAAGAUAGAGUGAGCUUGAAGAAUACAUUAGUUUCUAAUGCAUGCAAUAAGUUUUUUAUAAUUUGUAAAUCCUGAUGGCUCACUGUCAAAUUCUCAUUGUUUCUUUGGUUUUGUGUCAUCUAUUAUAUUAGGUCACGCGGUUGACAUACAAGAAAGCCUUAAUUACCGUACAAUACGACGAAUGUGUGUAUAAAAGCCAAAAUACGUUAAUUGAAGCUUUACUUCUAUAUUACCUAUAAUGUUUGUAGCUAAUUUCCAAUUUAUUCACGCCACCCUGUAUAUAAUAAAAAUACUCUUUGAACAAAAACAAAACUAUUUCAUGUAGUCAACUUCAUUAUUGCAAAAAAAAUAUAUGAUGGUCUUUAAAUUUCAAAUAUUUAUAUCUAUUAGUGCUCAUGCCCAACACCAAAUUGUGAUGGAUACAAAAGGUUUGUUCACGGAACUAGUUCUGCAAACAAAGCUGCAUGUGUGUGUAAUAUUUUCCUUGAACCUUUAUAUUGUCUACGAUUUAGGAGCGUUUAGAUCAAGUUCCUGGAUUAGAAACAUGAGUAAAGCACUGUUAACUUUACAGAGAUCUAAUCUAGAGGAGAAGCCCUACUUCUUUGAAAUGGUUACGUUAUUUUAAGCUAAUUGAUAUUUAUUAUGUUGUUUUUUGUAGCUAUAUGGGUAUAGCUUGACACUAAUUGUGAAUAUAGUUUGCUCCUGAAAAUAUUGAGGAACAUUUUCCAGUACUUAUGUCUUUAAAGUUUUAGGUUGCAAUGUUGGAUUGUCUCGAAAACAGAUAAAUUCUAUGUGAAAGUAAAUAUUUUAAGCUGUGUUUCAAUGUUAAAUUUUCAUUUAGUUUGAUGCUUUAACUGCAAUGUUGGAUUUUUUUAAAUAAAAUUAUAUAUGAUAAAACAA